AUAUUUCAAUGAAUAAGAAGUCUUUAAUCACAUUGUUAUGUCCAUUAGAGAAAAAGAAGAAAGUUUUCCAUGUUUCUCCUUGGAUUAUAUACGUAACAGUAAAAUCCUAAGUUGCAAACUACUGGAGAGUUUCUUAAUGGGACGAAAAAUUUGUACAGUACUUCUUGGUUUUGACUAAUAAUCUAGGAUAUCAUCUAGAAAAUAAGAUAUCAUAAAAAAUGAAGCUAAUAGGGAUCAUUUGGGAAAUAUAAUAUUCAUGAAUGUCAAGCAUAAUCCAUUACAUCUUAUGUUACAAUAUACUUUCAAAUUAACGUUUAUGCCAUUAAAUCAUUAUUAUUAUAAUUUCUUCAAAUUUUGGAUAUUAUUACAUAAUUGUACAUAUCUACUAUAUUUCUGUGAUGGAUGCCAAAGUAUUGCAAAUAUAAAAAUUACUGAAUACUCUACGGAACAAUACUUAAAUCAAUCUAAUUUUAAUGUCAUUCAUUCAUCAUGGCCAAUAAAUCCAAUUCAUUCACAAAUAUCUAUUAAUUUAAGUGAAAUACUUUUACAAAAUUUACAUUUAUCUAUAGAAGAUAUCAAUGAACCAUUAUAUUUCUCAGAUGUAGAACAAAGUGAACCAUUUAUAAUACGUCGAAGAGUUAGUGAUGAUCAUUCAAAAUUUUCAUGGUAUGAAUUAACUUCAAUUAUUCCAGUGAAUCGUGAAACAAUAUGUGAUAUAAAACGUUAUCCAGAACGUAUAUCAAUUUCUCAAUUAUGUUGUUCUAUGACAACAACAAAUACAAGAACAACAGCAACAACAACAACCAAUGAAGCUAAUCUUCAUAGUAAUAAUAUGUAUACUUUUAAUGAUCCAUGUUGUAUAUUUUUAGGUAUUACUAUUUCAUCAAAAGGAACAUAUUUCCUUCGUAUUGAUAUUAAUGAUUUAAAUGAUAAUGCACCAAAAUUUCAAGAAUUAAUAUUUGGCAAGUCAUUAAUUAAUAAACAUGAUAAUUAUGGUAGAUUUAUAAUAAAUAUUAUGGAAAAUACACCUAAUGGUAGAUGGAUACCAUUACCUAAAGCAACAGAUUUAGAUGAAGGAUUAAAUGCUUAUGUACAAUAUUCUAUAAAAUUACCAAAUAAUGAACCUGUAUGGAAUGAUUAUUUUAAAUUAAUAGAUAAUGUACAAAAUAGUAAUAUUGACACAAUAUCUAUACCUACUAAAGUUUAUUUGAAUACUGAUACUAAUGAAUUUAGUGCUUUAGCUACAGAUUACAAUGGUCCAGGAUUACUUAUAUUAAAAACAUUAGAUCGUGAAGAAAUUUCCAGUUUCUCAUUUAUUUUAAUUGCAACUGAUAUGGGACAACCAUUUCCACGAUCUAGUUCUUUGAAUAUUUGGUUACGAAUAUUAGAUGAAAAUGAUAAUCCACCAGUGUUUCAAAAAUCUGAAUUUCAUAUUGAAGUGAAUGAAAACAAAGCUGGUAUACCAUUACUUAAUAUUCAUGUAAAUGAUUCUGAUAUUGAUUCGAAUGCACGACUUAAUUAUUAUUUACGUACAGUGAAUGGAAUGAAUCAAGUUAGUCCAGAGUAUUUACGUAAUCAUAUACAAUUAUUGCCAUCUGUGGAAGGUGUCAGUCUAAGAAUUAGCCAACCGUUAGAUUAUGAACUACAAUCUCAUUUCAUUUUUGAAAUUGUAUGUGUAGAUCAAGGUCAUCCACCACUGUCGGCAUCCGCUCAAAUUAAAAUUACGGUUUUAAAUAUGAACGAUAAUGCACCAAUAAUAAAAUUUUAUCAUCAUGGACAACCAUUAGAUUCGAAUUAUGCACAGAUAAGUAUCUAUGAAAAUGAAUUUAGCAAUUAUUCAAAAGAAAAUCAAAUCUUGUGUCAUGUACAUGUAACAGAUCUAGAUAAUGAUUUAAGUAGUAUUCAAUGUUCAUUAGAAGGAGAUAAAAGCAAACAAUUUGAGUUAAAAGAAGUUAGCACUAACAGACUUGUACAAAAAAGAAAAAUUUUCGACUUGACAACAAUAGUGUUAUUAGACAGAGAAGUUGUACCACAGCAUACACUUAUAGUUAAAUGUCAGGAUGGUACGACAGAAUCUAGCUUAGUUGGACGUAAUCAGUUACAUAUCAUUGUGAAAGAUCGUAAUGACAAUGCACCAAAAUUUACUCAAGAACAUUAUAUAGGUCACGUGAAAGAAAACACUGCGAAUACAGUUGUCACACUAAUAAACUCAAACGCUGAAACAGUGGUCAACUCAUAUCGAAAUGUGAUACACGCUACUGAUUUGGAUAUAGGUUCUAAUGCACAAGUAGCUUACUCACUGAAGUCAUUGUACCUCCCUGACUAUAUCAAAUUUGUACAAAAUCAUACAAAAGAAAAUGAACAAAGUUUAUUAUUACUCCUUAAAAAUCAAACACAAAGCAUUACUAUUUCAAAUGACCGCGAAUUAUUGCACAAUUCUACUGAAGACAUUGUAGAACAUCAAACAAAACGCUCAAUAUCGCAUGAUACACAAAAAGAUGUAGAAAAUUUUUACAUAGAUCCAAUUAGUGGUCAGUUAAGAACACGCACGGAACUAGACUGUGAACAACAAAACGUGUAUUAUUUUGCUGUGAUCGCAAUUGAUCAAGCAGUACCACCUGAGAAAAGACAUUCCACCACGGCUCUAGUAACCGUUAUAGUUGAUGACGUAAAUGACAAUCCACCAGUUUUAGAACAACAUCAUUAUAUUUUCGAUAUCUCAGAAGGUUUACCACGUCAUUCGUUAAUCGGUCAAAUUAAAUCUACUGAUGCAGAUCGAGAUAAAGAAAAUCGAUAUAUUACUUAUGAACUUCGAGAUGUAGUCAACAUAAACGCAUCAAAUUUCAUUUAUGUAGAACAGAAUACUGGGAUCAUUUAUUCAAGGAAAAUUCUUGAUCGUGAAGAAAUACAACAAAUACCAUUUAUUAUUAUUGCUCGUAAUGAAAAACCAAAAUCCAAGCUUUCAUCCAUUCAUUUAAAUAGAACCAUAUUCUAUGAUGAAGCUAGUGUUACAAUUAAUAUAAUUGAUCAGAAUGACAAUGCACCUAUUAUGUUACAUCAUGGGGAAAUACUAAAGUAUAAUGGAGGAGCAGAAGGAGGAUUGCAUAGUCAAACAAAACAACUUCAACAACUUUCAGUAGUUGAUUUAAAAUAUAACAUAAAUGUUAAAGAUCCGUUCAAUUCAUGCAUCGAAUUUCCUUAUUAUUUUGCCGAUGCUGAUGAGAAAGAGAACGCACAGAUAGAUGUUACACUUGAAACCAACCCGUAUUUUGAAUUUAGAUUGGAUCAUACAAUAAUAUGUAAGAUAAGUAAAGAAGAUCCUCCUGUAGGUCAGUAUACUGUACAUGUUGUCGCACGUGAUCGUCCUACAGAUCCAACAAAGUCGUUAAAAAGACGUUAUGCUGUUCGCAUUCACAUUGUUAACGAACAAGUUUCUACGAUUGAAUCUCAAACAAAUUUGCUUAAGAACAUAGAUUUUGAUUCACCACCCGUUUCUGGGGAUACCCACCCAACAAAAUGGCUUCAGCCAGUACGUUUAAAUGGGAAAGAUAAGAAGGAUUUAGACUUUGAAAAGCGGUAUCCUAAAAUUAUUCCCAGCACUAAUAAUGCUUAUCAACCAUAUCAGUCAACUAAUGUACUCGAUGAGUCUCAACAGCGGUACGGUUUAAGUACAAUAGCUAUUGUGGCAGCUCUGAUAUCUGUGGCUGGACUACUUUGCCUAUUGUUAAUUGGUGUAGUGAUUGCUAUGAAACGAAUAGUACCCAGAACGCAUAAUGAAGUCCCGGUACCCUUACAAAAGAACAAUGAUAAAGAAACAGAUCGUUCUGGAAUAUCUGUAUGGAAUAUGACAUCAUAUCCUAGUCCUGAAUACACAUUAGACAUGGAAACAGGAAAAAUUAUAGAGCCGUAUAUUAAUUCCAUUCAUGGAGGCGUGCACUAGGGGUCAUAAUAUAUCAUUCUUUAUAUAUCUAAAUACAAAGAUGAAAAGAUAAAUUUCGGGAGUAAAAUCUCUAAAUCAGCUUGACGCAUAGAUAUCAACGGAAGACGAACAAUGUAUCUAGAACAUUCCGUUCAUUAUUUUUAAAUCGCUUCACAUUGAUAAAACUUGUUAAUUGUUUGAAUUAUACAAUCUAUUUUCAUAAUAAAUUUACAUUUAUUCUUACAAAAUCGAAGCAUCAUUUAGGACGUCAGGCUGGUAAAUAUCCAAAUCACAGUUCUGAUAAAUCAUUUGGAGGUGAUUCUACGAAUCAUUUAUGUCAUCCAUCUUAUCUUUCUACAACUCAUCCACUAGAUAUUUCAGCUCAAAGAUUUUCACCAGUUAGUAUAAGUUCUUUAUAUGGUUCUGCAAAGUAUAUGACACAACCUUUAAAAAUUCCAACAACAUUUAAAACUACAACAAGACAAAUUCCUAAAGACAUUUCAGUAUAUGAUGGAUCUCAAACAGAAUUAACUACGAAAAACAAUUCCACACUGUCAAAAUCAUGUGACGAAUUGAGAAUAGUUACAGGACCUAUGAAUAAUUCAUGUGUACAAAAUCAAACUACACCAUCUUAUGAAGAACAGAUAGCAUUAAAUACUGAUCAUUUAUAUGCCAUGAAAUGUCAAACAAUCAAAUCUAAAUAUCAAGAGCUAAAUAACAAACAAAACAAUAACCUAAUCUCAGGUGAAUACAAUAAUCAAUUGAAUGAUAAGAAUGAACAAAGAAUAUGGCUUUUAUCUAAUCAUAAAAAUGAUAUUAAAAAUAAUAAACCUGGUAUACUUAUAUCACCUGAUGACAUAUCAGAUUAUCAAUUAUUAGAACACAUGAAAUAUCCUUCAAUAUUACGUAAAUCAGAAUGUUACGAAAUAAUGCCGAAUUCCUCCAAGAACAAUAAUAAUAAUACUAAUUUUAAUAAUUUAUUACAUGAACAACAAGAUCAUUCAAAAAUUACACAAAAAUUGACUGGAUAUAAUAAACAGUCUACAACUUUAUUAUCAGCUCGUUCUUUAAAAUGUUUAAAUGUACAAAAAUCAUUUGUUUAAGUGUUUAUUAUUACAUAUACAAUGAUAUAUUUGUGCUUAGAUAAAACAAUAGCACUUUAUCAUCUGAUUGAUUAUGUUAAUUAAAAUGGGAAAAAAAAACAUUUUUGAGUAUUUUAUUUAUAUCCCCAUCCAUCGACAUAUACCUAUAUGCAUAUACUUAAUUGAUUAUUUUGUUUCUAUGAUGAAAUAAGGUUAAACUUUCUUUUUGUUACCAGACGAAUGAAACAGUACUAUGAAUGUAAAUAAUAUGAUUUGUAAAAUAUAUUUAAACAAAUAAUCUGAAUAAAAUUUAUUGACCAGU